AUGAAAGUGAGAAAUAAACGUGGGGCUGAUGCUGGCAGUGAUCAUCACCUUAUUGUUGCAAAUUUUAGACUAAAAGUCGUGGCUACAAAUAGAAAGUUCGAACAGCGGAACAAAAAAUAUGAUGUGGGAAAACUUAGAAUAACAGCAGAACAAGAACCUUUCUGUAUUGAGCUAAGGAACCGCUACGAGGCGCUCCAAGAAGCACAGGAAAAUGGUAAAAAUAUUGUUGAUGAUACAUGGACUCAGAUUAAGAACGUCUGUUGCAAUGUGACCAAACAGGUCCUUGGCUUUAAAAACCAUUUGAAGAAAGAUUGGAUGUCUGAGUGUACAUGGAAUUUAAUCAGCUGUAGGAAGGAGAUUAAGGCAAAACUAAAUACGAGUAAAACAAGACAGCAGAAAACUCGAAUGCAAGCUGAGUAUGCAGCAACUGACUCUCAAAUAAAGACGAGUGUGAGGAAUGCUAAGAGAAAGUGGAUGGAUGAGCAAGCUCUGAGAGCAGAGACAGCUACAGCAAGGGGUGAUACAAAUGAACUGUACUGCAUCACUAGAAUGUUGUCUAAAAAAGGUUUCAACAAGAACAGGCCUGUUAAAAGCAAGGAGGGUCGACUGUUGAUGACAGGAGAAGACCAACUUAGAAGAUGGAGAGAACAUUUUUCUGAAGUCUUAAACAGAGAGCAACCUGAAGAGAGGGAGAGGCAACGGAAUUUUCCAGAUACCAGUAACAGAAUCAAUGUAAACACACCAGCUAAGACUGAAAUUAAAAUAGCUCUGAAACAGAUAGAGAACAGGAAGGCUCCAUGA